CCCAUGAGAUCAGGGACAAUUCUCCGGGGUUGUGGGUUGUGUCGGAAAUGUUUGCCUGCCCCCUCCCUCCCGUCCCCGCGUCGGCGCCUUCUUAUCUCCGCAACGUAUUUUUCCAUCUUCCCCUCACUUGGUUAUUUCAGGCUAUAUAAAUUCCCAGAGAUUUGCUACUGCACUUCGUUUUCUUUCCUCCAACUUUCUCACCAAUCUCUACCAUUAGAGGAUAAGACAGGCACGAAGGAACGAAAGGAACGAAGAAGCAAUGGGUCGCCCUUCGACACCCCUCUCGACGCAUCUGCCGCCCCUGAUCAUGGGCACGGCGACAUUUAACUCCCAAUAUAACCACGACCCGUACGCACUCCCGACCACCGAGCUGGUCCAUCGCGCUCUCACCGACGGCGUGCGCGCCUUCGACACGUCGCCAUACUACGGCCCGGCCGAGGAGCUCCUCGGGCGGGCGCUGGCCAGCGAGGCCGUCCGCGCCGCAUUCCCGCGCCACAGCUACCAGAUCCUCACCAAGGUGGGCCGGAUCGCCUCCUCGUCGUUCGACUACUCGCCGCGGUGGAUCCGCCGCAGCAUCCGCCGGAGUCUGCGGCGGCUGCACACCGACUACCUCGACGCGGUGUACUGCCACGACGUCGAGUUCGUGUCGCGCGCCGAGGCGCUGGAGGCGGUGCGCGAGCUGCGCCGCAUCCGCGACACCGAGGGCACCAUCCGCUACGUCGGCAUCUCGGGCUACCCGGUCGACGUGCUGUGCGAGAUCGCCGAGCUGGUGCUGCGCGAGACCGGCGAGCCCCUGGAUCUCGUGCAGUCGUACGCCAACUUCACCCUGCAGAACACCCGGCUCCGCAGUCAGGGCUUGCCGAGGCUGGUGGCCGCCGGCGUGGACGUGGUGCCCAAUGCGUCGCCGCUGGGCAUGGGUCUGUUGAGGAGGGACGGCGUCCCCAUCGGGAGCAUGGGGGAUUUCCACCCCGCCCCGGAUGGGUUGCGGAAUGCCAUCCUGGCAGCGGGCGCGUGGGCGAACAGCCAGGAGGCGGAGAAGUUGGAAGUCAUCGCCAUUAGGUUCGCGUUGGAGGCAUGGUUGCGCGACGGGGCUCAGGUUGGCGCGAUGGGGCCGCCUCUUGCGCGGGCCCCUACCGCUGACUCUGGUUUGGUCUCUGUGGCUUCUAAUGGGACUGGAGAGCGACUGGGCGUCAGCGUGAUGGGCGUCAGCAAUGUAAAUGAGUUGGAUGAGACGCUGAGCGUGUGGCGAAGUAUUCUUGAUGGACUGGAGAAUGGUCAAGACAAGCAGCAGCAGCAGCAGCAGCAGCAGAAGCAGGAGCAGACCCCGUCGGACUGGUCCCAGGAUCGUCGGCACCGCAUCGCAUCUCUGACGCAGCGGAUCCAAGCUAUCCUCGGCCCGGACUGGGUGGACUACACGUGGGCCAGCCCAGGACCUGACUUCGUCAAUACUCUGCCUGCUGAUCACCUGGCAUCUCUUGAGAAAGCUGAAGAUGCUGCUGCGGAGGCUAAUUAGUCGGGGCGUUGGAAACCAUUCUGCGACGCCGCCUGUCGAGACAGCGAUUUGGUCUUCUCAUCAGAUUCACGAUAGUGAUUCUGAUGGAAACUAAUCGGUCUGCCCGGCUGCCACGCAUUCCCCAUCCGACAGGGGCUUCGGGUGGGUUGCCUACAUGUAUCCUUCAUGAAUACGAACGAUAAUCUGAAAUGGCUCAUGGUGUAUCUGCCGCCUUUCCACUUGCAUAUUCAAGUGACCAAAUCUUUGACAGGUCUUUCUAGAUUCCUUUGCAAGCCCUGGUCCACAUCUCCUUCAACCCGCAGCAUCCUCCCCAAGGACUCGCAUGUAGCGCU